AUGACACCUGUUUUAAGGCAUUGGGUUGCCAUAGCAGCGCUGUUGGCAGUUAAUUACAUUUUGUGUGCAAAUAAUACAACUGUGACUGUCAAAAUUGCAGACAGAAUCGAUCGGACAAACCCAUCAUUCAUACAAAAUUACGAUGACCAUAUCCACGAGGGUGACCUUGAAGAUAUCUUAAGAGUGGAAAUACCCGAAGAAGAAUUCGACAAAGGAACGCCAGGAAUAGAUUACCUAGGAAUCGGGUACGAUUCUAUAUUUGGAAAUACUCUAGGAGGCGAAGAAACGCUACUAGAUCCUGGAUACAGAACGCCAAUUAUCAAUUUUAGCUGGAGAAAGAGUUCCGAGGGUUAUUCACCCUCGCUCAACGCCGUGUACCCCUUGCACGGAUGGGUCCGGCCAGUAUAUUCGUGCGGGCGCUCGUCCAAGAUACAGGAAGUAGAUAGUCUGGACGAAUUGAAGAAGGCGUUAUCAGCGUCGGCCGAGCUUAAAGGUGAUGUCUCCGCUGCAUCAUUUUCGGCCUCAGCAAAAUACAAAUCGGAAGCAGCAAAUAUAGCUCAGAAAACGGAAAGAAUAUAUCUUCACAGUGAUAUGUGCAUACGUUACCAAGCAGGUAUACCGCUCAACAUACCAUGGGAUACCACCGACGCAUUUAAGGAUGCGGUAAAGACACUAGAACCCCUUUCCGAUGAGAUCAAGCAGGCUUGCUCAAUGCACGAUAUCCUCGACGAUUUGACAAAGAAAGAGUGUAUCCCUCUAAAGCACUGGAUUAAAUUCUUCCAAGUGUUUGGGACACAUUACGUGCACCAGUUGUUGCUAGGUGGGAAAUUAGUCCAAACACUCAAGAUUAGGGCCACCACAUUCCAAGACCUCAAGAGGUCCGGUGUUGACGUUGACCUUGCAGUGUCUAGCAUCCUAGGAUCUGCUUCAGCAGAACUAAUGGGUCAAGACGACGCUAGAGAUUUGAACCUUGAAGAAAUAGGAGCCAAGACUAUAACUGUGAUAGGAGGAGAAAUGCCUAACACGCCAAUUACGGAUGCAGAAUAUGCCAGAUGGGGGAAGUCAGUAGCUGACAAUCCAAUGCCCAUAGGAAUAUCAGCAGAUAGUCUGAAAAACUUGUUAGGGGAGAAUAUACACGAUUCAUACACCCUAGCGCUCCAAAAGUAUGCGGAAUUUAAUGGUGUUACCUACGAAACACUGAUUAAAUUGGGAGCUAGUGUUGGUGGCCUUAUGAGAGAGAUUAAAAACGGUCUCUCGGUAGUAACUGUAAACUGGGAUUUUAACGGGGCCGAAUGUCCAAAAGGUCAAAAGAUUCUUCUUGGGUUUUCUUUGUUAUUCAACCCGAAGGGAACACUGCAAGGAAUAAUACCGUGCAAAACCGGGGCGUACAAGUGUAACGUUCCCCUGAAUAAAGAAGAAAUACGAUCAAUCUCAUGGGCAAUAUGUACCAGCGGACUCCAACCAAACAUUUUUCAGGUUGCUGACGUCACAAAGGACGGAGAGGAGAAAGUCGCUGCCAAGUGUCCACACGGAUCAGUUGUACAAUUCGGGAUCAAGUUGCACGCGGAAAAGGAACGAUUGGUUAAGAUCAAACCCUGUAAAAAAGGUAAACCUCUCUGCAAAACAAAGACAACAGACAAGAAAAUCGCUGGUAUUUGGAUUGUUUGUUCCACUGAGAGUCACCAUGCUGAUGUGAUAAACUUGGCUGCUGGCAUUGGCGGAGGAAUGGUAAAAGUAAAAUGUGACGAAGAUGAAGUCGUAAUAGGGGGUACCACUGCGUUGUUCAAAAUGCAUAAAAAUGCGGUAGAAAGUGGUAAAAGGAGCAUGAGCAUCAAGACUUGCGAGAGGUAUCUCAAGGGGUGCGAAGUCCAAUGUGAAGGAGAGUGCCUUGUAGCUCUUGUUAUUGCGCUGUGUAGUAAAACUAAGACUCAGCCACUCUCGGAGAUCACUUAA